GCCCCCCCUCUCAAAGCCCUAAACCGCCACCGAAGACGAGGCAGAGCUGUAUCUGCAGCUCCGAGGGUUUGGGGGUUUUGGCAGAUUUUUGUGUCACUCGGCUUGUCUCAAGCGUCUGAAUUGAGCGCUGUUGGUGUUUCUUUGCGGUGACUGAGCAGUAUGGGUCGUACCAGGAGGAAGAAGAAGAGAACCCAGGACCCGACGCAGGAUAAUGCAGGAGCUCUUCCAGGUGAUAAAAUCCCGAAGAGUUUCGUGUUUUCGCGUGGGAAAUUACCGGCACUGUUGCGGAACUUGGAGAAGGACUUGCGUAAGGUCAUGAUGCCGCAUACGGCGCUCAAUCUCAGAGAGUCCAAGAGAAAUUCAAUGAAAGAUUUUGUGCAUGUGGCUGCUCCUCUUGGAGUGACACAUUUCAUGAUUUUGUCCAACACGAAGACAUCUCCAUAUCUUCGACUGGCUCGAAGUCCGCAUGGACCUACGCUCACAUUCAAAAUACAUGCGUAUUCACUGGCUGCUGAUGUCGCCAGAGCACAGACCAGGCCCCGAGCACCUCCAGCAAUAUUCAAGAGUCCCCCCCUGGUUGUGAUGAACGGGUUAACGACCGGUGAAGAACAUUUAAAGCUGAUUGCUGUUGUUUUCCAAAACAUAGUUCCUCCCAUCAAUGUGAAUACGGUGAAAUUGAGUAAUUGCCAAAGGGUUUUGCUUCUUAAUUACGACAAGACGACCAAGUGCAUCGAUUUCCGCCACUAUUCCGUUUCAGCGCAACCAGUGGGUGUGUCUCGGAACAUAAGGAAGCUUGUCCAGCGCAAGAAGCUCCCUGAUCUCAGCAAACUGAGUGACGUUAGCGAGUUUGUAAAUAAAACUGGUUAUGGAUCGGAGAGUGAAGCUGAAGAUGAGGCAUCGAAGGUGGAGCUGGCGGAUGAUUUUGGCAAAGGCAAUCACGCCUCACAGCGGAGCGCUGUGAAACUGCACGAAAUCGGACCACGGAUGACAUUGCAACUGGUUAAAGUUGAGGAAGGUCUUUGUGAUGGUGCUGUUAUGUUCCACGAGUACGUAAAGAAAACGGAAGAAGAGAUCUUAGCUUUAAGAAACUCUAAAGAGCAACGUGAAGCACUCCGUAAACAACGAAGAGCAGAGCAGGAAGCUAACGUUAAGAGGAAGGAAGAGGAACGGAAUUCUAAGAAAAAGAGGAAAUUCGUGGAGAGUACUGACAAGCCGGAGGAAGACUACGACGUCGUAGCAGAUGAUGAAGCUGAAAUGAGUCCUGACGAAGGUCCAGUUGGCGGUGGUGGAGUGGAAAAUGAUGAUAUGGAAGACGCUGACUGGUAUAGGAAGGAAGUAGGGGAGGAACCUGAUGAAGGCUUUUUGGCUGGUCAGACACACAACAGAAGACCACCUAGCAAAUAUAAUUCCAAUUUCUCCAAGCGCCGAGAGAAAGGAGAGGAUCGGAAAGAGAGGCCGAUCAGAACAGAUAAGGGAUCCAACAGAAGCAGCGAGAAAAGAGUUGACAGGAAACCUGGUGGUAAUUUUGGAAAAUCAUUUGGAAGAGGAUCAGGAUCAAGUAAGAAGUUCUCGGAUAAGAGUGAUAAGCUCAGAGGGAAGUCUCGCUCGCGUAAUCAAAAAGGUGAGGGCCAAGACAAGUUUAGCCGUAAUAGAUCUUCAGGACGUGGCGACAAGGACGGACGCCCUAGCAAGAAGAGAAAGCAUUAGAAGUCCGACUGUACUGGUUCAGAUUUCCCCAGCUGCACACUGUAUCGAUUUUUGGGUUUUCCAUGUUAGUGAUAGAAUAAUGAACAAACUAGCAUUGGCACAUAUCCUUUGAUGGAAGUGUACAACCUCUUCUUAGCUCUAGGCAACGCCUCGAACAUUAGAUCAUAGCUUAAUGGACAUCGUCGCUAUUUUCUCCCCGUGGUAGAGGUGUGGAGCAUAUGUUGCAUAGAGUCCUGCCGUCUGGUCCCUUGGGAAUAUUUACUUCGUUUCCUACUUCUACAACUCGUUGCAAAUUAUUACCAACUUACCAGAAAAGAUAUGAAUUAUUGAGCUUGGGGAUUUCCCAACUGACGUGGAUCAAAGUCUUGCUUUUUAGA